AUGAAUUCAGGGCGCUCAAUGCUUCCUGUUCUUCCUCCUUUAAAUAAUGCUAAUCCAUCAACUAUAGACUAUAAAACUGUCUCUGAGAACCCCGAUAAGGUUGUAGAUUUAGUUGAUCAAUUAUUUGAUCAAAUUAUGGAGUUAGCGCAAGUUAAUACUGUUGUCUAUGCAAUCCAAACUCUUCUCGCACCACUUUACAAUACAAAAAAGAUAACAUUGUGGCAUUAUAUUGAAUCUCAUAAUACAUUCUUUUCGCAGACUUACAAAAUACAUGAAGCAGUUGAAGGAUCAAUACUUCAAGAAGCAUUUACAGAGAAAAAAGUUGUAUAUAUUCCAUACGAAAAAAGAAAUCAAAAGAAAUAUACUCAAAAUGAAAACAUUUCGUGUGAACAAGAUAAUGUAUUAGUAAUUCCUAUGGUUCCUCGUACAGGUACUGUUGGAGCUGUCAUUGAAAUUGCGAUUGAUCAUCAUAAAGUUUUUAAUACUGAUCAUUAUCAAAUUGCUCAACUUCUUAUGUCUAAGUUUAAGAGUUAUUACAGCUAUCUUAUUGAUGAAGAUCCAUUAGAUAACGAAGCAAUUCAAUUAUUAGUUUCUACAUCUUUACCAGAAACAUAUAAACGAAUUUCAGGUCUUUUAUCGAAGUUUUAUGCUGCCAGAGUUGUUGAAUUUUGGAUGUUGCGAACACGAGAUAAUUCCAUCUUAAAAGUCUUUGAUGAAUCAGAGAAUCCGACAAAUGUUGAGCAAGAUAUGGCUGGUAUUGCAGGGUAUGCACUUGAGCACUUUGUUGUUAUCAACGAACGCUACAUGAAGAAUAAUAAAAUUAUAAUUCCCAAGUUGAUGGCAAUGGUGACUAUUCCAUGCUCUGUGUUCCAUGCCAAUUAG